AUGCCAAACGUUACUCCAGCAGACGAUGAAGGUUCGGUGGCAUCUGUCUAUGACAGUUAUGGCGAGAAGCAGUUGUUAGCUGCCUUGUACGGUCUCAUCUCAUUCGCCGGUGUGAUCGGCAACAGCGCCGUCGUGCUAGCCCCGAUCCUCUCCCGCAAACCACGCACCACAACCAACGUGUUUGUGAUCAACUUGGCCGUGGCGGACCUUCUCACGUGUCUGAGUCUGCCCAUCAUGAUCCUGGCGGUGCUGGGAGAAAGCAAAGAAAAGCUACUUAUUCCACCGCCUCUUUGCGCAGUCCAGGGCUUUCUAUUCGUCGUUUGCAUCGGGUGCAGUGUGAACAGCAUCGCGUCAAUUGCCAUCUACCGCGCCCUGAUCACUCGCAGGACGAACCAAAGCCGUCGGAUCUGGCUGUUCAACCGUCGCGGCCUGGCUGCCACGGUCGCUAUGAACUGGCUGGUUCCAGUUGCCUUCAGUAUUCUGCCCAUUUCAUCUCUGGCCGGUUCGUACGAGUAUAACACCAAUCUGAACACCUGUUCCUUUAACCCAACCGCCCAAGGCUCCGGUACUUUCUCCAAGAUCACGGUCACCCUCUUCGCUUUGCAGUUGGUUGUCGUUUUCGCCAGCAGUGCCUUCAUCGUGUUUUCGGUGAGAAAACACAUCGAAAGAGUCAACGUCAUUCCACAGCAGCCAAUAGCCUUUGCUGGUGCAGUCAUGAGGCUACCUGGCCGGCAGCCAGGCACGCAUGGCGAGGGUCACCCAUCCGCUCAUCAGCAUCCUCGCAAUCGACACAGACGCACGUUCCGCCGAAGUCUUGACGUUACCUUCACUUUAUUUCUAGUCGUCUUCUGCUUCAUGGUUUGUUGCACACCCUACUUAGUUGCUGCGGUUGCCCUGAAGGGAAAUGCCCAGAAACAUCUUCCCUUCUUGGCCGCACUGCUUAUCACCAACAGCUGCAUCAACCCUGUGAUUUACACGGCCCGGCACCCAGACUUCAAAGAAGUGUGCCGCUGCAUCAUGCUGUGUAGACUCUCAGAGAUACCCAGGAAAUCGUCCUUCCUACGGAACUUGCUGAGAUUUCGAGAAAGACGAUCGUAA